UCAGCGCCAUCAGGGAUCGACAAUUGCCCCCGACACUCCGCCCAUUACUGACGCGGACUCAAAGUGUACCUUGAUCUCAACGACGAAUAGACUCCUGCAGCAGCCACAGUGCACGGCCGCCGCUUGGGGUUCUUGCUUGCACCCGGGCCCACCACAACACACAAACUUCCGACCUCACUGCAAUUCAAUUCGGGGUGAAUUGCAGACUGAGAGCCUAGGUUCUGAGAGUGAACAUCUCGAUCAGCCUGGUUCUUUUUUUUUUCUUUUACUACGACCUUGUCGACGCUAUUGGCCAGUCGUGCGAUAUCUACAUCCCGAUGCUCCUCUAACACACACACAACACCCAUUGAAUCAUCUCGACAGCAGCAACAUCGCCAAAAAUGAGUUCGCCAGCGCAGGGAGGGCCGUCGGCCGUUAGGGAGAAGGAGGAGAAGAAGGGGUUCGGGAAGAAGGUCCUGUCGAGGAUGAAGACGGUUUUGAAGAAGGCCACCGACCCGUCGUCUCGCCGCAUGUCCGUCGCCGCCGCGAAACCCGAACCGACCAGCGCCCCCGCCGUGGCUUCCACGAGCCAAACCGCGCCAGUGGCAGAGGUUCCCGCAGCUGUGGAAGCCACCAAGGUCCCGAGGUCUCAAAUCUUCGCGGAGCGGGCGAAGAAGCUCGGCGAACUGUACGGUUUGGAAUUGCCGCCUAGCGAGUGGCACAAGACGGAGGGUCAUGCCCUCCGCGUGGAGAAGCCCAUCAGGAUGCGGGUGCACAGGAAGUGCCAUCUCUGCAGCACCUCGUUCGGCGUGGGCAGGGAAUGCCCCAACUGUACGCACCCUCGCUGCAAGCAGUGCCCGCGUAUCCCCCCGAAGCGCACCGAGGCCGAGAAGGAGGAGAGCCGCAAGAAGCGAGCAGCCAUCAUCAAGGAGCGGGCCGAGAAGGCGCCCAUCAUCCCAGACUGGGACCCGACCCCGAAGAAGAUCGUCCUCAAGCGACCGGCCAAGACAGGAGGCCAGGACCUCUACUACAGGAAACCCCGACAACGUAUCCGGAGAACUUGCUGCGGGUGCGAAAAGCUGCUCGCUGGCACCAAGACUUGCGAAGGAUGCCAGCACACGCGUUGCACCGAUUGCCCCCGGGACCCCCCUAAGAAGGACAAGUACCCGUACGGCUAUCCUGGCGACGCCCCAAGUGCGAGGAUUGGGCAUUACCAAUGUGCUAGCUGCAAACACAUCUUCUCCACGCCGCCCACGGACGAACCCGUCUGCGUCAAAUGCAGUCACACCCAGUGCGACAGGCUCACUCCAAGGAAAGUGGAGCCGGAACCCGAUCCCGAAAUCCUAAAGAGCAUACAGGUGAAGCUGGAGGGCCUGAAGCUCAAAUGACAUUAGCCAGGCGAAGGCAAUGUUAUGAUGGAGAGGUCGGUUGAACGUGGUGCGGGCGAUCAAGCGUUUAUUUUCUUAACUCUGCAUUAUUCCUCUAAUGCAUUCAACCACCAUCUCUUCUCAGCGAGCAUGGGCCUCAUUUCGUCGCGAAACAUUUAUCCGGAUUUUCCCCUCUAAAGCAUUCCUGGAGACGUGUGUCGUCUCACGCGGCCAGCGGUUGACUUUUCCUUUCGUUCCUGAACCAAUCGCGCCUACCUCGCCCUCACGCACCGCCCCUUAUUCUACGGACAGAUAGGGGGCACCACGAACAAAACGAUUUACGAAAGAGUCUCCUCUUGCUGCCGCGACGGGAAAUUCGAUUCCACACCUAUACAUACCUUCCCAGCACAUUCGAGUAUAUG